AUGCGACAUCCUUCAAAAAUUUCCAUAAGUCGAAAACAAGAAGAAUGUGUAGUUGCUGCAAACCUUUUUACUUCACCCCCAGUCAGCGAUCCUACCCGACGUAUGUCCCGGCGCUACUCUCUGCAACACACCACGCCCUCUCCCCUGGGGCGUAGAACUACGUUCGGGGAGAUCAAGAACAGAGGAUCGGACGUCACUGCCGAUGCUAUCAAUGAUCACGCUGGUGCCGGCUCUUCCGAUGCGAAUGCAGAUCAUGAGAACAGAUGUCAGAACACACGUCCCACCGAGGCUGCAGUUCUUUCUCCCUCAUGUCGUACACCCACUGCGCCUCUGCGGCCGAGUCUUAUUCCCAAGUCACCCAAAGCUGUCUGCCAUAAGCCUGCUCCGCAACUCCUUCCAGUUACACAGCUUUCGUCAUCGCUCGUCCCGUCUUCUGCAACUGGACGUCGUCGUAGAAGCCGUACUGUUGUCGAUGUGGCUCCUCACUCUACGCCGAUUGCGUUCGCCUCUGAUACGAUGAACUAUAUUCCGCCAGAAAGCUCUCUCUCGCUCUGUAUUCCGUCAGAGUUGAGCCAUAUCCCAGCCUCUUCGAUCCUUCUGCCUACUCCGUCCUUCCUAGCUCUCCAGAAGACUACAUCGUAUAGUCGUCUUUUCCGCACUUCUGCCAUGCUUUCUGUUGGGUCUGCUGCGCUUUGGGCUGAAUCAUCUCUUCUCCUUGCAACGCCAUCUUUCUCCGCUCUGGGUGAUUCUGAGUCAAUUCAUGCCGUGCCGCUUCACGAGUGUUCGCCGAUCCAUAUCUACAGUGUGAAGCCCGUGUCCAGAGGAACCAUACAGCAUCCUGCGCCUAGUCUUGAUUCAUCUCGCAGCCGCUCUGCAGCUACGCUUGUACAUGCUAUGGAGUACUCAGCCCCUGGGCCUAGCGAUCUCAUAAAAAGCUCUUUACCGGUUCUUGAUAACAUGCCCUGUCUGCCUGCUACGGACGAAGAAGAGGGUACGUGUAAUUCGCGGAGGAACAACGGAUACCAGAACAUGACGAAGGAACAUCUGGGCUUCCCGCGAGAUUUUCUGGAUUUGCUGAUCGACUUGGAGCAUCUGGCCACCAAGGUGAAGUGUCUUCCGAUCCCUCGACCGCCUACUGUGUCCUGGUCCGAUAUGGAUACUGCGCUACUCGUAUCACCCGCUGGGGGCAGCUAUGUGCAUCCAUACACCAACUCGAAGGCGGACGUAACCGCGCCGAAGUCCAACUGCCGCUCGACUAAGCCUGAAUCCGGACUCAAGGUCCCUUCGUGUCGUCGCGGCUCUCUCACAGUCUCUCCUCUGCCCGACGGUACCUCCUCUCCUACAAUUACUUCACCUAUUUAUCAUGACAGCUCUCAAUAUGCGCACAAGCCAUCAAGACGUCUUCCGCAUCGCUCUCUCGCUACCACCCAACUUCCGAAUCCACUGACACCUCAUCGUAUUCUAGAAGCCCCCCAAACCUCCAAAACGCAUCCGCCAGAUCCCAAAACAAAUUGCGGUCCUCCUGUUCCCCGUCAUUCUCUCGAUCAUGAUGUGCCGAUGCCCUCAAAGUUGCCUGCUCCACGCUCGUCUGUGACUCCAAGAGUUUCCGGGAUCAAGUCUCUGUUCCGGCCCCGUCACUCUCUUCCUUCUGGGUACUCUGAAACUACCUCUACCAAGCCAGCCCUGCGCUCCCCUGGCAGGCCUCUUCAGUCCUCUCGUCCGGCUGACAGUAUCCGAUCAAGCAGUGGUAGUGCGCAGGGAAAACAUAUCACGAGGAAGUUUCUGAAGUCAGAAGGGAAGGAGUCUUUCCUGCAGAUGUAG